AUGUCAUUAUCCUCAGAGUUGCGCGACAAGUAUACCACGAUCAUCGAUGACAUUUUGGUCAAAAGCGACUUGACCACCAUAUCCGAGAAGCGGAUUCGCAAGGGUCUACAGGAUGUCGUCGGAUAUGAUCUCACUCCGCAGAAAGCUGCGAUAAAGCAGCUCAUUAUGGAACGCUUCGAUCGGUAUGCCGAACAGGAUGGUCUUGGCGGGUCACCGGAGGAAACAGCUACUAGCAAUGGCCAGCGCGAUUCAGCUUCAGCUGCAGAGCCAUCUCCUCCUGCUUCGUCAUCUCCUGUGAAGCGUCAGGCCUCCAGCGAGAACACCUCCGAGCCUGCAAGCGCAUCGCCGCCCGCCAAGAAACAGAAGCCCGAUGACAAGUUCGAUGCUGAUGCCGCUUUUGCCGCGAAGCUGCAGGCCGAGGAAAACUCGCGCGCUCGGCCCACUAGAGGAGGUAACACUCGUCGUGCGGCUCCAUCUAAAAAGAAAAGCAAGGCCAAGACCUCGAAGAGGGUGAAGGCCUCUGAUGAUUCGGAUAUCGCUUCCGGCGAAGAGACCAAAAAGGAGGUCAACCGGAAUACUGGAUUCCAUAAACCACUCAAUCUUUCUGAGCCCCUGUCCGCACUCUUGGGGGAAGUCACGCUUUCACGGCCACAGACAGUGAAGAAGGUAUGGCAGUAUAUUCGUGAGAAUGAGCUUCAAGAUCCCAGCGACCGCCGUCAGAUUCGAUGUGAUGACGCUAUGCGCGCUGUCUUCAAGCAAGAUCGCGUUCAUAUGUUCACCAUGACGAAAAUCUUGAAUCAGAACCUGUACAACCCCGAUGAAUAG